GAUCCAGGGGCUGAGCAGCAGGUGCUGGCGGGUAGACCCGCACCGCGGAGAGCGGCGAGACAGCCACAGGACCAGCCGCCAGCUACGGACGAGACUGGGAGGAUUAGAGUUACACCUGAUGCUGCAAGAGAAAGGUUACUAGAUAGCAGGAACGACAGCGGGAGCGCAUCGAGGGCGAUCUUGCCCAUUUUCCGAUCUAGCUGGUUCCCUGAGGGUUCCUCGUGGAAGAAGCUGACAGCAGAGCAUAAGGGCUUCUACUUCGAGGAGUUCAAGGUUGUUAAAUUAAAAUUUUAAAUUUAUGUUUUAUUGUCUUUUUGAUUUCUAAUUGUUUUUAUUAAUUAAUGGUUUGCAUAAGGGUUUUUGUUGGGACUCCACCCACCCUGAGGACCUGAUUAGAGGGGUCUUCUACCGACAUGCGGCUAAUCGGUACAAAGAUACUCUCCACAACAUGAAGCCAGAUAAAAAAGAGGGCAGUGUUAGUGCUGAUACUUGGGCGUCGUGGAAGCGAGACUGGGAUACUGCUGAGGCUAAGAGGAAGUCUGAGGUAGCACGAGCUAAUCGGCUGAGUGAGCCGUCCGGAGCUGGCACCGGACCGGUUCGACAUACCGCAGGAUCGAGAUCGGCUACGAGGCAUAAGACAGUUAUGACUGAGGAGCUCGGUCGAGAGCCCACUUUAGCUGAGUUGCAUGUACGGUUGCACCUGACCAAAGCUGAUCGGACUGUUUUCGUUGACAAGAGAUCAAAGGAUAAAAAUGACCGUUUCCAGGCAGAGCUUGCUGCAGCGACCCAGUCUCAGGCGGCUGGAGAAGGGAGUUCGUCGACUCCAGAGCCGAUCGACGAGAACGAGCUGUUUUUGUCUCUCGAGGCAAUCAAGAAGCAGCGAGUCUACGGUAUUGGUUCGGCUUCAGCAUCCUACAUCGGCCAGAGCAGCCGAUUGCGCCGCGGCGGAUCAUCCCAGUCACAGCAGCAGGCGGUCGUUAGUGAGGAGAUCGAGCAGCGCAUUGCUAGAGAGGUUGAGGAGCGACUCGAGCAGCGGAUGCGUACUGUGGAGGCGGGUUUCGACGAGCGGAUCCGUACUGAGCUUGCGCGACUGAUGACUACACUCCCACCGGAGUUACGACCGCAGUUUCCCCCACCUCCACCUCCACCGGCUGACGACACUACUAGUUUGGGGUAG